CUGGGAAUGGGCAGGGUCACUCGUCCGAACAGAGUCCUAUCCUACGCGGCGGAAGCGUGUGCCCUUUGACUUGCAUCGUCUACCUACCUCUGCCAUCCUCUACCAGCCGCAACUGCGAGGGCUGGAGGUUGGUCCGCAGUCAUUCACCUGGUUCUUAAGGCCAGCUAGAUUUCGUGGUUAUCUCCAUCCUGGAGGCUGCGUGGACGCCCUUCUGGAAGCACACAUCCCAUGUCCUCUGGGGAGUAGUAGAGCCAACUUCAGGACUGAUUGAUCAUGACUUCUAUAAAGGAGCAGGCAGCAAUUAGCAGGCUCUUAAGUUUUUUACAGGAGUGGGACAACGCUGGCAAAGUCGCAAGGAGUCACAUCCUCGACAAGUUCAUUGAAACCAACCAAGGCAAGACUGCCCCUGAACUGGAGCAGGAGUUUUCCCAGGGAGCCAGUUUGUUCCUGGUACGCUUGACCACCUCACUUAGAAUCACCUAUAUGACUAACUCAUGUUUAGAAAAGCUUCUCAGGUCCAUUGGCAUCUUCUUAUCAGCUGUAAGCAGUAAUCGGUACCUUAUAGAAUUUCUUGAGGUUGGAGGUGUCCUAACACUCUUGGAAAUACUUGGGCUAGAGAAGAUCAAGGAGGAGGCCAAGAAGGAAUCUGUCAAACUACUUCAGGUUAUUGCGAACUCUGGCAGGACAUACAAGGAGCUCAUUUGUGAAAGCUAUGGUGUACGAUCCAUAGCAGAAUUUUUGGCAAAGUCUAAGUCAGAAGAGACCCAGGAGGAAGUGCAGGUUCUGUUGGAUUCUUUGGUCCACGGCAAUCCCAAGUACCAAAAUCAAGUGUAUAAAGGUCUAAUAGCUUUGCUGCCCUGCGAGUCCCCAAAAGCCCAGCAGCUGUCCCUGCAGACUCUCAGGACUGCCCAGCCAAUCAUUGGGACCACACACCCCAGCAUCGUGGACUGCGUGCUGAAGGUGCUGGGCACGAUGCACCUGGAAGUCCAGUAUGAAGGGUUCUUUGCUUCCUCGGUGGCGGAGGGGCCUGGGGCCUCUCUCCAGCACCUCUGCCCUUCCGCAGCCAUCGAGUUGAUCAAGGACCUGGUCGGUUACGAUGUGCGCCAGGCGCUGCUCAAGGGCCUCGUGGCACUGCUGAUACCGUCGGUCAAGGAGACCUCCAAACUGCAGGCCAAGAUCCUCAGUGACCCCUCGGUUCUCCAGCUCACCCCCAGCCUGCCGAUGUUUUUGCAGCAGGCCGCGGCCGCCAAGGCCAUCGGCCCGAACCCCCGGCCCAGGGUCCUGGCGCGCAACGACAUGAGCAUCGCCGAGGAGCUGCUGUACCUGCGCGUGGUGCGUGGCCUAAUGGCCGCCAUGGGCAACACGGACCACAGCAACAGCCAGCGGCUGGCCAGCCUCACGCUGGAGUGCUUCGUGCAGAUGUUCCCCUUGGUGGCGGAGCACGUGCGCAAGUGCAUGGGGGAGGAACUCUACCAGCUCUUCCUGAGCAACGCUGAGGACUUGUACAUGAAAAUAGACAGCAUUCAGGCGGACAUCUUGGCGGCCAACACAGUCAAUGUUACCAAAGCCCUGUGCCUCUAUGGCAGCUCCUACAGCAUGAACACUCUCUAUGGUUCGCGUGAUUCGGCUCAGAUGGCCUACCUAACACACUUCGAGGAGGAUGUAGAAUCAAAGGAGUAACAGCCCCUGUGGCAAACCAGGAAGGCCAAGGCUGCGGGGCAGGGAAGCCUGGCAAGAGGAGGCGCCUGGGGUCAAGCUCAGAGCCACUCCACUUGGCUCCAGGGGGGAGACGGGGAUUAGGCACCCCAGAGGGGCAGAGGGAGAGCCGCUGGCUAAGAGUCAAUAAACAGCCUUGAUACC